AUGGCGCGUCGGUCUUCGCGGCUCGCCAACGCCGCGACACAACAACCCUCAGCCCCUGAUGGUACCAAACCGCGAUCAAGGAUAUCAUCUCGUGCAAUCAAAUCAGAGGUCUCGUUGGACACGCCGCCCAAAGUCCUGGGGAGCUCCACCGAAGCCGCCGCCGCGGACAUUCCGACCCUCCCCUUUGCAGACGCCCAAGCGUUCCGGCGAUACAUGGUGGAAGCCGGCAUCGCCGCGCCGGGCGUCUGGCUCAAGAUUGCGAAGAAGAGCACCAUGAUGCCGACCGUCACGUACGACGAGGCCAUCGACGAGGCCCUCUGCUGCGGCUGGAUCGACGGCCAGCGGCGCCCGCUCGACGCGCGGUACUUUCUGCAGCGCUUCACGCCGCGCCGGCGCAGAUCCACGUGGUCGCAGCGCAACGUGGACAAGGUGGCUGCCCUCGCCGCGGCCGGCCGCAUGCUGCCCGCGGGCACCGCAGAGGUGGACGCCGCCAGAGCCGACGGGCGCUGGGACAGGGCCUACGCGGGUUCCUCGACCAUAGAGGUGCCGGCCGACUUCCGCGCCCUGCUCGACGCUCGUCCCGGGGCGGCGAGGACGUUUGACUCGCUGAGCAGGGCGGCGAGAUAUGCGUAUCUGCAUCGCCUGCAGACGGUCAAGAAGGAGGAGACGAGGACGCGGAAGAUGGCCGAGUUUGUAGAGUUGCUGGACAGAGGAGAUACUCUGUAA